CUUGCUCCUUUCCUUAUUUUUCCAGAUGUUGUCGCCAAACUCGCCAUCAUUUAUCCUGUUACACAUGCAGCGCUGCUUGUUUCGGCAUGCGUAAAAUUACGCGCCUAGCUAGCAGCUUGCAGUUGUCGUUGUCCCGUCAGAUUUCCUACGUUCUUGUUUGCUGCCGCUCUAUCUGUGCUGCCUUCUGCGUGGCAUGCUUCGUGCCGUGUCGGCAGUCCAAUUGCCCCUAAGUGAAUAACAGCCUGCUGAGGAUAAAGCAAAAUGAACUUUCAUCUGUCUUUCUCGGUUUCCAAAAGCGUACCGAAGGGUGCCAUGUCAUGGAACAUGGUUACAUGAAGGAGACAUUUAGGUUCAGUUCUUUGUUUAUUCUUCUGGAAACAAAGGGCCGAGGACUGCCAUUUAGGUUUAGUUUAUCCAUUUCAUAAGGUAAACAUUGGUGUACCAAUGGAUUGGUGUGUCAACGUCCAAUCACUGACUAACCAAUUUUAUUUGAGGCUGCUAUCCACUAGACUGAACACACAUCAUCCCCUUUUUCUGAAAGUUGGCUCUUGUGUUUGUCACCAUAAAAUCGGUGACGCAACCAGUCAAACUGACUCUGUCGGAUCAACCCUAGUUUUUUUAUUGAUCCUAACAUCGCGCCCAGGCAUUUUAAAUCAUCUGAUGAACAUUUCUAUCAGUUACUGUCAUGCAUACAUCAAUGUUAUUCAGACGAGAGGGGGAAAUGGACUAAAACUGACUCUUAUAAUCCAGGAUAAAGUGAGGUCUGAUGAGGUAGCUUGACUGACCCUGACUGCCCUGCCCCGUCAAUUGGAGUAGAAUAAUAAAAGGAGAUAUCACUGUUAUUAGCACAAAAUAGAUGGGGCCCAUGUUAUCAACCCAGGCAAUUUCAUGUGGUGUUCUGUCCCUGUGUUUCUCGUUCUUGUCCAAUGCAGGAAAGAGAGGAGAUCCAGCUUCAUGAAGUGGCUCUGCACUUUCCUGAAGGGCUCGAAGCCCGGCGAGCCGAAUCGGCGGCGGCCCCGGAUUACGGCCGGAGAGGAGGAGGACACGCUCUGGCAACCACCAGUUAGACCAAAGAAUGACCCAACUAGAAAUGACAAUGAAGAAUUGGACCGUGCAAUUGCAGAGUCUCUUGCAGAGGAUGUCAAACCCCCCAAAGAACGAAACCAUAAGGGAGACAGCAACGAUGAAGAUCUUGCAAGAGCCAUACAGGACAGUCUCAACAUGAAUCCUUACACGCCUUACAACCCUUAUGCCCCCUCCCAGGCCCAGCCGAGAGGACACAGGGUAUGUGGACGCUGCAAGCAUGAGAUAGGACAUGGCCAUUACUUGAGCUGCAUGGGAAUUUACUGGCACCCUCUGUGCUUCCGCUGCUGCUCCUGCGGCCACCUUAUCCGUGAGACCGAGUUCACCUUGCUAGGCACAGAUCCAUACCACAAGUUGUGCUACAAGGAGCUGCAUCACCCAAAAUGCGACGUCUGCCUUCAGUUUAUUCCAACGAACAGGAGUGGCUUGAUAGAGUACAGAGCCCAUCCAUUCUGGGGUCAGAAGUAUUGCCCUUUACACGAGCAAGACAGGACGCCGCGUUGCUGUAGCUGUGAGAAAAUGGAGCCAAGGAACACAAAGUAUAUGUCACUAGGAGAUGGCCGCAGCUUGUGCAUGGAAUGCCUAGGUUCUGCAGUCAUGGACACUGGCGAGUGCCAACCCCUGUACCAUUCUAUCAGAGACUACUACGAGGGGAUGAACAUGAAACUGGACCAGCAGAUACCCAUGCUCUUGGUUGAACGGCAAGCGCUUAAUGAAGCCAUGGAAGGAGAGAGCAAAGGUCCACACCAUAUGCCUGAAACAAGAGGCCUAUGUCUGUCAGAGGAGCAGACUGUGAGCAGCAUAUUUAGGAGGCCCAGAAUUGGUGGAAACCGGUUACUGGACAUGAGAACUCAGCCACAAAAGCUGACAAGGAGAUGUGAAGUUACUGCGAUACUUGUCUUGUAUGGCCUCCCCAGGCUACUAACAGGCUCCAUUCUUGCCCAUGAGCUGAUGCACGGGUGGUUGCGCCUCAAAGGUUACCGAAACCUAAAUGCGGAGGUUGAAGAAGGCAUAUGCCAGGUCAUGUCUUACUUGUGGCUCGAAUCAGAGAUUCUUCCAGCUUCCUCAAGGCACGCACCUUCAUCGUCCUACGCCUCCUCUUCCUCUUCUUCUUAUCCACCCACAUCAUCCAAGAAAGGUGGAAUAUCUCAUACCGAGAAGAAGCUCGGCGAGUUCUUCAUGCACCAGAUUGCCAAUGACACAUCAACAGCCUAUGGUGACGGUUUCAGAACUGCCUAUGCUGCUGUCAACAAGUAUGGCCUUCGCCAAACACUGAACCAUAUACGCCUGACCGGAGGCUUCCCUGUAUAAGAGAGAGAGAUAUACACAUUAUGUCCAUUCUGCAUGCAUAGCACAAAGAUCAUAUAUCAAAGGUGAUAUAAACAUUAAGUGGUUCAUGGAAGAGUGAUUCAGAUUUCAGUGACCUUGAGUUUUCAAAGGGGUCAAGUAAGAGCAAAUCAGAAAGGAACUGCAUUUGCUCGAAUUAAUAGGAAUAGGAAUUGGCGAUGCCCGAGUGUAAUAAGAUUGCCCAAAAGUGCUAAUGUAAAACAGUAUAUGUCAUACUAAUUUAAUGAAGUAGAUAAUUAAAUGUGUGCAGAUUUAAUUGAUU